AUGCCAAAGAAGCAUAUACAACACGCUAGAAGCGAGCAUAAAGGUAGAAUAAGGAGAACCAGAGCAAUAUUUGGGCAUAAGGCAAUAGACCAAAUACAGUUACAGAUGGCAUCUCAGAAGCCCAUCCCUUAUGAUCCAGAGCUUCCCGGCUGUGGACAGUUCUACUGCUAUGAAUGUGACAGACAUUUCAUUUCAGAAUAUGUGCUCAAAGAGCAUAAAAGAGCAGGCCCGCACAAAAAAAGAGCCAGGGAGGUAAAACAGGCUGCGCAUUCUCAAAAAGACGCAGAAUGGGCGGUUGGAUUAACAUAA